AGCAGCAGCAGCAGCUCCAGGCCAGAGAGAAGGAUGUCGAGCAUCCGGCAGCUACUACGGCUGCGGUGGCGUUGGCGCAGCUGCAGCAGCACCAUCGUCUCGACUGGGACUCAGAGCCGGUAUUGUCCUGUCCCUCUCCCUUACUCUCUCUCUCUCUCUCUCAUUCCCCCUCUCUCCAUCUCUCCCUCUCUCGGCCGUCUAGGCUGUUUGAUUUUGAGCCAAUGGAUGCUAAUUGCCGCUCGUCGACUCUGCCACCCAUCAACCGCAACCAGAAGAUCCAACGGUCUCGGAAAGGGUCGCUCACGCACUCGCACCCGGCCCGUAAGGCCAAGCACGACCGCAACCGCUCCAAGGACUUCAAGGACUUUAGAGACAUCACCCGUCGCCGGUCGCUCAACGAGCGCAAAGCUCUCUCUGCCGAGCCGCAGACGGCCGCCGCCUGGGUCCAGGGCAAGCGAUGGGAGGACCUGAUCGAGGCUGCCACCUCGGCCACGGAAGUCGACGAUCGAGACAUCACCCCGGUGCCCCAGUCGCCUCCCCCAACAUCGUCGUCUUCUUUCCAGCCUCACUCCCCGUCCUUUAAUUCACUGGCAAGCAUCAAGCAUCGCUCAUCGGUUCCCCCAGCGUUCCAGUCGCCGCCAACCUCCAACCAAAACUCGACCUCCAUCACUUCGCAACCAGCUGCCGCCACCUCUCACCCGCUUCAGCCGACUCCGUACACCGCUUCGCCGUUGCAAAAGUCACAGACUCCACCACCUUUCCACCGCGAUCGAGACACUGACCUCGAGCCGUUCCCCUCUAUUGAGUCGAGCAUGGACGUCACCAAGCCUUAUCUUUCCCCUCCCAGGCCGGUCACCUCUUACCCACAGCAGCAGCACAACAUCUACCCGCACCCACACCCUCAUGCUCACCACCCGCUCCACCCGCUCCAUCCACGCCACCGUCUCUCAAACCCGGCUCCUUUCACCUCCACCUCCGCCUCGAGCUCGACCUCCAACGUCUCCAUCUCUAGGGACAAGGAUCUGCACAUCCACAUCUACUGCGCGUCUUGCUCCCGCCCAAAGGCUAUCCGGGACUGCUUCGCCUGCACAGAAUGCAUCUGUGGCGUCUGCAGAGACUGUGUUCCUGCCCUAUCCCUCUCCAUGCAUUCAUCUGCAGGCUCCCCUCCGUCUUCCUCCUCCACGGUCGGUGCAAUGGGUAUUUCCGUUCUCAACCUUGGCCCCACUAGCAGCCCUCGCUCCGGCGGUAGCUCUGCCGUAAACAGGCUGGCACGCAGCAACAGCACCAACACGACAAUGUCCAACCACUCGAGCAUUCACGCCAAUGGCAAACAUGACGGUAGGCAGGGCCACGGAUGUCCCAGGUGCGGCGUCGUGGGUGGCAAGUGGAGGGCUUUCCAGCUAGAUUUCCGAUGA